CGCAGAGUGCGAGUGGCUCAGCUUUGAACCUCACACAGUCAUCAGAGCUCUCAGGGGUUCGGGGACGGACGCGGAGCACGCACCGACAAAACGCUCCGAAAGCUGCGCGCAACUGGAUCAAAGAGCAAAGUGGACCUUCAAAAAAAAAAAAAAAAAAAAAAAUCAGAGGAAUACACCAUUGUUUUAUUUCUCUUGUUUUUUUGUUUUUUUUUCUUAAAUGGAUUACCAAGGGAAUAGGAUAUUGUGUGGGAUUGUUUCUUUGACGAGUGAAUUUGGAUAUUCAAGGUAACACCACCACAGUGUGAAACAGGACGUGUCGUCUGUGAGUAGCCAUGGGCCAGAGGGCUGCACUUGUGCUCGCUGAGCUGCUGCUGCUGACAGCCUCACACACUCUGCUCGCAGUCAGCUUCCCCGAGGACAUCGUGCCCCUCGAUGUUGUCGAUGCCCACUUUUCACAGAGGUACCCCGUGUUCAGAGGCAGGCCCUCUGUAAACGAAUCACAGCAUCGCCUUGACUUUCAGCUGAUGACCAAGAUACAGGACACUUUGUUCAUUGCUGGCAGAGAUCAGGUGUACCUUGUCAGCCUGAGAGAGUCUUACAGGAAUGAAAUCAUUCCAUACCGGAAGCUAACAUGGCGAUCCGGCCAAGCAGACAGAGAGAUGUGUGCUGUCAAGGGAAAACACAAGGAGGAAUGCCACAAUUUUAUUAAAGUGCUGGUUCCCAGAAAUGAUGACCUGGUGUUCAUCUGUGGUACCAAUGCCUUCAACCCCAUGUGCAGAUACUACAGGCUGGAUAACUUGGAGUUUGAUGGCGAGGAGAUCAACGGACUGGCACGGUGCCCAUUUGACUCCAAGCAAACCAAUGUUGCCCUUUUUGCUGAAGGGAAGCUGUAUUCUGCUACAGUAGCUGACUUCCAGGCCAGCGAUGCUGUCAUCUAUCGUAGUCUGGGUGAUGGUUCGGCCUUGAGAACCAUCAAAUAUGACUCCAAAUGGCUGAAAGAACCUCAUUUCCUGCAUGCAGCAGAAUAUGGGAAUUAUGUGUACUUUUUCUACCGAGAGAUUGCAGUAGAGCACAGCAAUCUCGGCAAGGUUGUGUAUUCUCGUGUGGCGCGCAUCUGUAAGAAUGACCUCGGUGGGUCACAACGCGUGUUGGAGAAACACUGGACAUCAUUUGUGAAGGCGAGGCUGAACUGCUCCGUGCCCGGGGAGUCUUUCUUCUACUUCGAUGUGAUCCAGUCUAUCACUGACAUCAUCAGCAUUGACGGAGUCCCGUCUGUGGUGGGAGUGUUCACGACGCAGAUGAACAGUAUCCCUGGCUCAGCAGUGUGUGCCUUCUCCAUGGUUGACAUCGAGAAAGUAUUCUUGGGCAGAUUCAAAGAGCAGAAGUCUCCUGACUCUGUGUGGACUCCUUUUCCAGAAGAGAAGCUGCCCAAACCUCGGCCUGGAUCCUGUGGGGGUCACAGCCCAGCUGCUUCCUUUAAGAGCUCCAUUGAGUUCCCUGAUGACACCCUGCAGUUCAUCAAGUCACACCCUCUCAUGGACGCAGCUGUGCCUUCUAUUGGUGAUGAGCCUUGGUUUACCAAGACACGUGUCAGGUACCGGCUGACCGCACUGGCAGUAGACAAUGAAGCAGGUCCCCACAAGAACUACACAGUGGUGUUUAUUGGGUCUGAGGCUGGUGUCCUGAAGGUUUUGGCCAAGACCACGUCUCAGUCCCUCACUGACAGCCUGCUCCUGGAGGAAAUGGAUGUCUUCAACAAGGCCAAGUGCCUGUCUAGUCGUGAAGAUGACAAGCGUGUGCUCUCAUUGCACGUGGACAAAGACACACACAGUCUGUAUGUCGCCUUCUCCAGCUGCGUCAUCAGAAUCCCCCUGAGUCGCUGUGAAAGGCAUUCAUCCUGCCACAAGUCCUGCAUAGCAUCAAGGGAUCCUUACUGUGGCUGGAAACCUCAUGGAUCCUGUGAGAGAAUUAAACCUGGUGUUUUGAAUGGAUAUGAACAAGACGUUGAAUUUGGAAACACUGCCCACUUGGAAGACCGACGUGCAUUUUUGGGCAGUACAUCAGCGCCUGAUUACAAAUCAUUUGGUGAUCCUACCUCUGACAUGGAGUUUUCAUCAGCGCCAGUCACUGUCCUGCCCAAUGGGCCCAAUCAACCCCCACUACUAAUACCCACUCAGAACCCCAGCCCCGAGCUUGGUCCUGAGCUCUACGGUUCAGGCUUUGUGCUGCAGGAUGACCCAGCCACAUCCCAUUCUUUAGACUCUAUCCCCGGUGGCCAAGAGGGUGUGUGGGAGAUCCAAGCAGGUGAUGCCAACCAGAUGGUCCACAUGAACAUCCUCAUCACCUGUGUGUUUGGUGCUUUUCUCCUCGGUGCUCUGCUUGCCGGCCUGAUUGUCUUCUGCUAUAGAGACUCCUUCCUCCGCAAGCCAAGACAUGUCCACAAGGAUGCCGAGUCCGCACCAUCAUGUUCAGACUCCAAUGGAAGCUUUGUCAAGCUUAAUGGCCUCUUUGACAGCCCUGUAAAGGAGUACCAAACCAAUAUGGACUCUCCCAAGAUGUACACUAAUCUGCUGAGCAAUGUAAAGGACCUGAAUGCACCCAGUGUUGACACCAAAACUAUGAUCUUACGUGAUGGCUGUCAGCCCCCUGAGUUGGCUGCCCUGCCAACCCCUGAGUCCACCCCUGUACUUCAGCAGAAAGGUCUGCAGCCUAUGAAGAACCAGUGGGACAGAGUUCAUGUGAAGGUUGGUGGAUCAUGUACGGAGUCUAAUGCAUCAGCCAAGAGUCCACAGUUCCUCCCGUCCUCGUCUGCUCCUCCCCACUCUAACUCCCACCAGUCACAACGUGCCCUGGGACACUCCCACAUCCCGAGUGCUUUUGUCCUACCUAAUGCCACACAUGAAAAUCCUACCAAUGAUAAUGGAGAUGAUACAUCUGCACAUUCUUCUGAGAAGAGGCUGAAGAAUCCAGAUCCUAAAGGAAGCAAGAAAGACCAGAAGAGAUCUGUGGAUGCUAGGAACACCUUAAAUGACCUUUUAAAACACCUCAAUGACUCUGUGGCCAACCCCAAGGCCAUUCUUCAAGAAGGACCAGGACCCCGCCCAAGACAGCAUCUCACAUUAGAGCCCAUGGAGGAACUGACUGAAAUACCCCCCAAGGUACCCAGCCGUGAGGCUUCUCUCUAUUCUCCUUCCUCCUCCUUGCCCAGGCACAGUCCCACCAAGAGAGUGGAUGUUCCCAUGCCCACCACUCCUACAACACCAACAGGCAGCCUGAGCAUGGGGGGAACGCUUGAGAGGCAAAGAGGGGGGUACCAACUCCAGCGGAGUGCCUCUCAUAGGCAUUCCCUGUCCACCUCACCAAAUGGAGUAACCAUGGGAGUGUCUGUCUCCCGCCAGCAUAGUAUGAACAGAGGGGGUUACAUGCCCCCAACCCCACCUUUCAGACUUGACUCCCAUGGUGGAGUGAUGGGAACAGGAAUGCAUGCUUCCCAUCCACCGUCGGUAUCCCGACAGAGCAGCUACAGUGGGCAUGGCUCACUCCCUCGUAGUGGCCUGAAACGGACACCAUCACUAAAGCCUGAUGUACCCCCUAAACCCAAUGGGUUUUCACCACAGACUUCACAGAUGCGUGUGGUUAAUAAGUACAGUUACUAAAAGAGCAUAGACACUUCUAAGUGAGCUCUUCUGAUUGACUGUAACCUGCUUGAGCUCUUAGGCCCAGAAGGGCUUCAGAUAUGGUUGGCCUAGUGUGCGUUUGCCUGUCAAGGAGUAUUGCCCCUUUUAAUGAUACGCAUAUCCACACACACACACACGCUAUAAAGGGAAAACUCUUACAUGUGGCCAAAGAUACUCCUUGGGGCUUUUGUUUUGCUCCUUUAAUGUCUGUCUCCCUCUCCUUUGAUAGUAGCCACAGGAUAAGAACAGUGGACAGUAGUAAAUCUGCUGUUCCACAUUGGACAGUAUCUGAGCUGAGGUGUUGCCUGUACCCAUGCUAGGCAUGAGGUUUAUGUUGUUGACAAAGGGCCAUUACAUUACCUGUGUGUAGUACCAGGCCAGAAACAGUGUAAUACUUGAAGAAUUGGUCUCAUUAGUCAAUGCCCUUGAGCACUGUUUUCCCACAAAUGUGAACUGGACAGCAAUGAGUGGUAGACCAUGCCAUUCUUAGCAAGACAGCAAGGGACAGAGAAGAGGAAA